AUGGCCGACAUGACUCAAGUUCCCAUCAAUGGCAACUACCCUGCCCAUGGUUACCCCGACUCCUUCAACCACGCAACCAUGAACACUGCGGCCAGCUUCCAGCCUGCCCAGUCCUCCACUCCUACCACUGUUACUCCUACCGAUCAGAAGAAUGACAUCUCCAAGGAUGAGGUGGGCUGGUACUUUGUCGAGCAGUACUACACCACCAUGAGCCGCAACCCCGAUAAGCUGCACCUGUUCUACUCUCGGCGGUCUCAGUUGGUCUUCGGCACUGAGGCCGAGUCCGUGCCCGUUACCGUCGGCACCAAGGCUAUCAAUGAUAAGAUUAAGCAGCUCGACUUCCAGGAGUGCAAGGUGCGCGUCCUGAACGUCGACUCUCAGGCUUCUUUCGAAAACAUCCUGGUCUCCGUUAUUGGUGAGAUCUCCAACAAGUCCGAGCCUUCCCGCAAGUUCGUGCAGACCUUUGUUCUCGCUGAGCAGCCCAAUGGUUACUACGUCCUCAACGAUAUUUUCCGUUACAUGGUGGAUGAGGAGGAAGAGAUCGCUGCUGAGCCCCCUACCCCCGCUGCGCCUGCUACCGAGACCCCCAAGGCCGCUGAGGCUCCGGUUGAGGAGACCCAGGUGACCGAGGAAGUCGCUGCCACCAAGGUUGAUGAGAAGCUCGAGGAGGCUGAGACCAACGGCGAGGUUGAGCAGCCCGAGCAGCCCGAGGAGGUCACCCCUCAGACCAACGGUACCCCCGCUGUUGAGGAGACUCCUGCUCCCGUUCCCGCCGUUGAGGCUGAGGUCGUCAACGACGAGAAGCCUGAGACUCCUGAGCCUUCUCCCGUUCCCGAGGACAAGGAGGUUCCUGAGAAGGACGCCGCUCCCACCCCUGCUGUUCCCAAGACUUGGGCCAGCAUCGCACUUGCUGGUAAGGGCCCCGCCAAGGCUGCGGCUGCGGCUGCGGCCGCUGCGGCCCCGGCUGCCCCUGCUGCUCCCAAGGCUGCCACUCCCGCUGCUCAGGCUCCCGCCGCUCAGCCCGCUGCUACCUCCCCCGUCCCAGAGGCUGCUCGUCCCCAGGAGACUGGCUCCACUGAUGCCGGAUGGCAAACCGCCGGCCAUGACCACAAGAAGUCUCAGCCUCGCGCCGGCGAAGAGCAGACUACCCUCGCUUACAUUAAGAACGUCAACGAGAAGGUCGAUGCCAGCCUGCUCAAGCAGACCUUGGCUCGUUUCGGCAAGCUGAAGUACUUUGACGUCAGCCGCCCCAAGAACUGCGCCUUCGUCGAGUUCGAGCAGGCCUCUGGUUACGCUGCUGCCGUUGCUGCCAACCCCCACCAGAUUGGCAGCGAGCAGAUCCUUGUUGAGGAGCGUCGUCCCCGUGGCAAUGCCUUCGGUGGCAACGGCUUCCCCGCUGGUCGUGGAUCCGGCCGUGGCCGUGGUGACCGUGCCGGCAGCCAGGGCCGUGGUGGCUUCCAGCGCGAUGGCCGUGGAGGUUUCGCUCCCCGUGGCCGCGGCGGCAGCGGCAACGUUGCCGCCAAGGGCCGCAGCCAGGCUCAGGCUGCUUAA